ACGAAACAGUGACUUGCUUUAAAAAUCGAUGUGGCAACGCUGCGAGAAGCAGCUGUUAUAAUGAGCGCGGUACCACUGGAAGAUGGAACUGUUGAAAUCGUGCCAAAAAAUUCAUAUUUAAGAGCGGCAGAAUUGAUAAAACACAGAAAUGUAGAAGUUGAGACGCCACGUUCCGGUCUUAAGCGUAUACACAAUGAAGGUACCUCGGUUGAAGACAUAGAACUGAAAAACAUUUAUGCCAAAUUGCGAGUCCAACUGUCUGUACCGCGAAUUGAGCGAUUGGAUGGUCGAGCCAAAGCUAUUUGGCACGAAAGUAAACAAAUUGCGGAAGUGGUUCGAAUGGAUGGAAAAUUUGAAAGUUUCGGAUACAGCGAGCAUGGCAAACUCUAUUUAGAGUAUUUCGAGGCCUUGUUUUUACUAGAAUCCGGACGUUUGCAAUUAGAGUAUCAAUCCAUGAUUGUGUCGGUGGAGCAAGCUUAUUUACUAUUGCUUGGCGAAGCCGCAAACGAGAAAUUUAAUAAUUACUUGGUCUAUUCGACGUUGACACGCGCUGGCUAUAUAGUUGUAAAGCAUCAAGUUAAUACUGUUGCAACAAGAAAUGAAGUAACGAAGGCAGAAUGCAUUUGGUCGCUGUUAAAGCACAAUUUGGGAAACAUUGCUAUUGUACCGGAAAAUAUUAAAGCAUCCCCACUCUUUAUAGAAACUGAGGCGAGCAUGGAUACCAUUAAACAGCAAAUUAUAGGUCGGAAAUCAGAAGAAACUAGUGAUAUAAGCUUAGAAAGUCAGCCAACUGGUUUCAUCUUUGACACACGGAAGCGGCCGGCAGAGUCUGACAACGUAGUCGUUAAAAAAAAGGCACGAACAGCAAACAGUCUAAUUGGCUUUUUAACAAGAGAAGCGGAGUAUAUUAAAUUUCAAAAAGUAUUCUCUAAGUUCGACAUUGUACAGGUACAAAACUCUACAAUGACCAACGAUAAACAAAAACGGCGCAACCUUAAAAUCACCUUUGAUUUGCAUUUGCACAACGAUGGAUUUAAAAAGAGUAUGCCCAAGCUGGCUAAGUUUUGUGUCAUCAUACUUCCAGAGAGUGAGUCAUUCCCAACCCAUGAUGAGAUUGCCAAUUGUUGUAAGCCAAAUAUAGCGCCGUUGCUCGUUAUAUCCGUAAGCGAAUCAAAGCAAAUACAAGCCUUUCUAUAUCACAUAAGCUAAUUCAAAAUUAUAUGUAUAAUAGUUAAUUUGAAUGCGCAUCUGAGCAGGCUGCUAUUAAUAGGAAAACAAAUCCUCAUAUGGUGUAAUGCCUUACUAAAACAAACAUUUUUGAUAAAUAAUAAAACAUAAAUUUUUCAGUGUGCCAUUGUAGUGGCUGAUUUCCUACAAGGUUGAUUUUAUCCAAACUCUUAAUUAUUGUCAGACUGAGAGAUAAGAGCUACGUUGGUUUUGUGCUCUUAGGUGACCUUGACUUAAGCUCACUUGCUUGGCAGAUGGUCAUACGAUCAUACAGUUAUCUGAACGAAAGCUAGCGCGCUUAUCUUUUAAGCUAUGCUAAUAUGUAAUGCAUUGGCACUGUACAAAAAGUUAGAUUUUUGGCACUCUCCACUUAUAUUAAGUAGCAAAGGCCAGGCAUUGCUAAAGAGAAGUUUGAGCUAAGCGGACGUGCAUAUUUAAGUUUUGAGACAACAAUAAAUUAUUGUGAUUUACAUUACAUGUGCUUUUAUUCAAAUAGCACAAUACGCUAACAAAUUUACAAGAAUUGGGAUAAUAAAAAUCAGUGAAGUGUAUUUGCUGUCUGGCAAGGUAUGUUAUUACUGCUAAAUUGGUACCCUUACUAAAGUAAAGAUGUUUAUAGAAAUUGGUCUUGCCGGUAUUAUCCAAUAACCUCAAAUUGGUGAUAUUCUUGAACAAGUGGUAGAUACGGUUGGAGAGCACGACCACCUGAAAGCUAUAAUUGCUAAUUCCAAAACGUGGGAUAUAAUUUGUGAACCACGCAAUAUCCCCAAACUUUCUACGACCAGUCCUAAUUCGACUGGGAGGCGCUCGGAUCUUCCCAGACAGCAUCCAGUAAAAGCCAUUUGUCCAGUCACUUAUUUAAACGGAAUGGCCAUGGAUGAAAUGGAAAUUUAAGCUCAACGUAGCAUAUUACGUCACCCGUCGACCACCACUUGCCGUCCCAGUCGCAGCUCAACACCCAGCUUUAAUCUUCGUUGGCGCGACUGCAAUUCCAUUAAGAGGAUUAUAUAGAUCUUCAAUUCACCAGGAUAUAUGUAUAUAUAUAUAUAUAUCUAUGCUGCAUAUCUAUAUAGACGCAUAACUAGUGCAUUUUUGCCUUUUGUUUUUUUUUUAUGCUGACCAGUCAACGUUAAAAUUAUAGAUUUAUUCCAUCGAUCUGGUCACAAUAACGAAACAAUAGAGAUAAUCUCCUGUUCAUUUAAAAUUAAUAUUAGUAUCACCUUAAUUUGUAUACCAACUUCGGUACUUGCAUUUUUGUAUGGCUAUAUAUAUAUAUUUAAUACUUAGGAUCUAGCAUAUAUAAUCAACGUGCUGCGUCUUCAUUGAGCUCAACGAACACCACGCCGCAGUGAGUAUGUCAUGAAAACUAAUACCGAAGUGCAUUUAUAUUUUCUAUAAUUUUUAUAUUGAAAUUAAUUAUUUAAUAUUGGGUUGUUACUUUGGAUACAACACUGAACAGAAGAUUAUUAUAUUAAAUAGCGAAUUUUUGGCCAAUUAGAAACGACCAUUAGAUCUGUUUAUUUCUAUUCUAAGUAAUCUCCAUUCUGUAUACGUAAUUUUAAUUAUUUUCUUUGCCUCCUUUGGAAUAUUCGAAAUAAUUUUCUUUUAGUGGCUUGGCCAAAUACUAUGAAAAUGUUUAAUAAAUGAAGUUAAAUAAGAAAUGAUGACUUAAACCCUUUGAAGUGUCCUUACUGAAGCAUGAUGAAGCUCUACUAGACAAGAAAGCUUUUAGUUGUAUUAGGGUCAAUUCACAAUCGAUAUAUAUACAUGAUUGAAUUGCAUUGGUUGGGUGGGUAAAGAAAGGGAACAGACAACACCUUGGUUCCCAAACAACAAGUAAUUGAUCUGAUUAGGCGAUCUAUUCUGUCGGGUAGUACAGUAGGUUUUAGUUGGUUUUAUUGAUAUUGCUUUUUACCGUUUAGUGCACCUAAAAUAUUGUGCGAGAGUGUAUGUGUCUAAAGUGUAGGAAGAACCCCGACAAUCCGGCGAGCUAGUUAGAGCAUAGCUAGAGGUGCACGCCCCGAACCUUUGGACAAUAUAUGUAGUUCGUUUCGUUCAACAAAAUUCAUGAUUAUUAACAUCUGAGCGUUGAAAAUAGAUCUGGACGAUCCGCUGCAUAGCCACAUAGGCGGCACACUAAACAAUUGGCGCCCAACGUGGGGCCUCGACAUUAAAACCAGAACACCAAAAAGUUAUGCAUAAGAUCACCCUAUGCAUGUUCCUCCACGUAAGCUCUGGCUUUAUUCCAUCCAAAUAGCGAAAUAGUAAUAUUCCUAGUGAAUGACUUUGGAUGUUAGUGUCGGUUAUUGAUGUUAUUUGCGGAAUUUGCGAUAUUAUUCACAAACGUUGGAUAUGUCGACCGGAAUAUAUUCAGUAAAGCCGAUAAUGAUAUCGGGAUAUGAAUUCUAUUAGGAAUACUUCCCAAAUCAAAUUAUUAGUAUUUUCUUCAAUUCAGUUUGGCCAGUUGCAAUGGUUAUUUCUGGAAUAAGCGGAUGAUAAUCGAGGAUUUCUUGGUUUGCCGACCGAAAUAUAAAUCGCAUACUUGGUUUAACCAGAUUUUUGGGGAUUUGCUUUUAAUUUAUCAAUUUAGAUGAGAAUUAGUUCAGGUUUCGGAACUACAAUCAUCUAGAUAAUUUCAUUUGGUGGUUGUCCAAAUUUGAUUUUUUUUCUCUAGCUAAAUUGCAAUAGAAUGGUAAUUCAUAUUGUGCUUAACAGAUCAAAAUAUUCUUGUUGUUAGAUGUUUAGUAGACGGAUUCAUGCUUCAAAAGGACAAACGUAAUUAUAAUUUUGAAAACAAAUUCUGUGACAAUGGCUGUACGGCGAAGUACAGAAGAUAUCUCUCUUGCAAUUAACACACAAGAUCCCUUUUGUGCUGUUUGUCAUGAAGUUAUGCGAAAAGACCAAUUAAUAGCAACCACACCUUGCCAGCACAAAUUCCAUAGUCAAUGCGCGUGUGACGCUUUACAAGCCUCUCCAAAUUGUCCUAUUUGUAAGACAGCUUGUAAUACUGGACAGCUAACGUUCACAAACAACACUUUGGCAGCCCUUUUGUUCCGAGUUUCGUCGUCGAUUUGAUGACGAGAGGGAUGAUUUUGAGUUAUGGGAAUUGAUUCGUAAGCGACGUCAAAAAGAGAACGAAUCGUUUGAUGAUUUUCAAUCAGCUAUUGAAAUCCUAGUUAAUCAGUUGUGCCAUUCCAUAAGUGAAGCCAAAUUGGUUGAUAUUUUGAAGCGCAAUGCAAAAUCAGCGCUGCGGUAUGAACUUUUGCAUUUAAAGAUAUUGGACAGAUCAGAAUUAAGGGCAGAAGUGAAAAAGCAUGAAAACUUUUGUAGAGACAUUCAAUACACUGGAACUCGACCAAAAUUUGUUCGUAAUAAUAUUGCUGAAAUUUCAGAAAGUGGUGAUGAAACAGAAGAGGGAAGUCUUGCGGCAUUGCAACGACUACGAAUUAUAUGCUGGAAUUGUGAUCAAAUUGGUCAUCGUUUCGACGAUUGCUUAGGGGAACGGCGCAUAUUUUGUUAUGGCUGUGGAACCAAAAAUGUAUUCAAGCCAAAUUGUAUCAAAUGCAAUCCUACGGGAAACCCACUCCGGGAUGCGCAGAACAACACCUCCUUGCCGCAUCCCUAAAUGAUUCUAAUGGUCAUAGGUCAAUAUCAACAGUUAAAACCUCAGAACCAACCAUCAUAUCGAAACGGACAUUACCUUCCCACUCAGCUGUAAAAACUGAUACCCAUAGCGAGAAUAUCGACACACCAGCACUAGAAGUUAUAUAUCAACCAAAGCGUUCCACUAUUAGACUAAGACAAUUUUGGAGAAAAAUUAAGAUCGUGCGUAAGAAGUUAAUUCAAUCGAUUUUUAUGAGUUCGGAUAAUCGAUUAUAUACGGAAAUAAAUCUAGGCGGACAAAGCUAUGUAGGUCUACUAGAUUCAGGAGCUACCAUCAGUUGCGUAGGUGGUGCGGCAGCAAAGGCGCUACUAAAACACCAGAAGGUUCAGAAAUGUUCCGGUAACAUUAGAACUGCAAACGAUGCAACAUGCCAAGUUGUAGGAAAAUUGGUGAUUGACGUUUAUUUUCGUGACCAAGUUCACAAUGUCGAAUUUUUCAUUAUACCCGAUUUGAAACAAGAUGUAUACUUGGGUAUAGAUUUUUGGAAGGACUUUGGCCUUCUAUCAGACUUGCUACACCCAGACCAGCACGUGAACGAAUUAGACACUGGAAAGGACCAAACAUCUGGGGCCGACGUGAAAAUACACACCCUUAAUUUAGAACAGAGGAAGCGAUUACAGUCGGUCAUUUCGAAUUUUCCUUCGUAUGAACGUGAAGGACUAGGUCGCACUAAUCUAAUAGAACACCGUAUUGAAAUUGGCGAUGUGACACCAGUGAAACAAAGGCAUUGGCCAAUUUCUCCAGCUAUCGAAAAAUUAAUGUUUAGUGAGGUCGAGCAUAUGCUAGCUUUAGAUAUUAUUGAAGAAUCUACCAGCCCUUGGAGUAGUAACAGCGUCCUCGUGAGGAAAGGAGAUAAGUGCAGGCUUUGCUUAGAUUCUCGUGAAAUAAAUAAAUAUACUCGUAAGGAUGCGUAUCCCUUACCACAUAUUGAUGGCAUACUUAGUCGAUUGCCACCGGCCAGAUAUAUUACUGGACUUGAUAUGAAGCACGCGUUCUGGCAAAUUCCACUCGAGAAAAAUUCGCGCCAGUACACGGCUUUUACUGUUCCAAAUCGGCCGUUAUUUCAAUAUAAAGUAAUGCCAUUUGGCCUUUGCAAUGCGCCUCAGACGCUCUGCAGACUCAUGGACCAAGUGAUCCCAGCACAUUUGCGCACCCGUGUAUUCGUUUACCUAGACGACUUGUUAGUAUUGUCAGAAGACUUCGAGUCGCACAUGCUACUAUUACAGGAGGUCGCGUUGCACUUGCGCAAAGCUAAUUUAACAAUUAACAUAGCGAAAUCAAAAUUUUGUAUGCGUGAAAUCAAAUAUCUUGGAUUUGUAAUUGGAUAUGGUCAACUUAAAACAGAUCCCGGAAAAGUACAAGCUAUUAACGAAUUUCCGGUACCUAAAACCGUAAAGCAACUUAGACGCUUUCUUGGCUUAUCAGGCUGGUAUCGAAGGUUUGUCCAUAACUAUGCUACGGUUAGCCUUCCGCUGACAGACUUGCUUAGGAAAAAUAAUUCUUUUAAGUGGACUAGUGAGGCUGAAUCAGCUUUCAUUGACCUAAAAUCCCGCUUGACUUCGGCACCCAUUUUAACUACACCUGACUUUUCCAGGCCUUUUAUCCUCAUAUGUGAUGCGAGUACUAGUGGAGUAGGCUGUGUUUUAGCUCAGUUGAAUGACCGUGGGGAUGAAUUACCCAUUGCUUAUAUGUCGCAGAAACUUUCAAAGGCACAACGGAAUUACAGCGUUACUGACCUUGAGUGCUUGGCUGUAUUGCAAGGUAUUAAAAAGUUUAGAGCAUAUGUGGAAGGACAGGACUUCCAAGUCAUUACCGACCAUGCCUCAUUGCAGUGGUUGAUGAAGCAAAAAGAUCUCAGAGGGCGACAAGGAAGAUGGGUAGUAAAACUACAAGGAUUUAAUUUUAAAAUAGCACACCGAAGCGGCUCUCAAAAUGUAGUGGCAGAUGCACUUUCGCGUCAAAAUGAACUGGCCAUAGAAGAAUUUGAAAAUCAGGGACCUAUUGUUGAUCUGUCUUCGACAGAAUUUAAACAGUCAGAGUAUUGCAAUUUGUUAGACAUGGUUCGUGCCAAUCAAUCCAGACUCCCCGAUUUAAAAAUAGUGGAUGAUUUAGUUUACAAAAGAAUAAAACAAGUCUCAGGGGAUGAGAUGCAAGAAAACUUGUCAUGGAAGCUUUGGAUUCCCUCAACUCUUGUUAAUGAUAUUAUCGUUAAGGCUCAUGAUCCUCCUAAUGCUGCACAUUGCGGAAUGGGCAAAACCAUAGAAAAGCUGAAAAGAUAUCUUUUCUGGCCACGAAUGGUCACACAAAUCCGAGACUAUAUUUCAGGGUGUACGGUUUGUCGACAGACGAAAGGUGCCAAUAAAAUUCUCAGGCCACCAAUGGGUAAACCAAUGACGUCUGAACGUCCAUUUCAAAAAUUAUAUAUGGAUCUUUUGGGACCCUAUCCGCGUUCAAAAAAUGGCAAUAUUGGUCUUCUAAUUGUGGUCGAUCAUAAUACCAAAUUUCAUUUCUUGUGUCCUCUUAAAAAGUUCACUUCAAGCAAAAUUUGUGAGUAUCUGGAAAAUAGUUUAUUUUGUACUUUUGGUGUGCCCGAAACAAUUCUUACCGACAAUGGGUCACAAUUUAUUUCUGGAGCCUUUAAAGCUUUUCUUACUCGUUUUGGAAUUAGUCACAUAUGCACGGCUAUUUAUUCGCCGCAGGCAAAUGCCAGUGAAAGAGUGAAUAGGUCAGUGUUGGCGGCAAUUCGAGCUUAUAUUGGGAACGACCAUUCCAAUUGGGACAGUAAAUUACCCGCGAUAAGCACAGCGCUACGAGGUAACAUUCAUCAGAGUACAGGUUACUCUCCAUAUUUUCUGGCUUUUGGCCAAAAUAUGAUGCUUAACGGCAAAGACUACGAUCUGCUUAGACGGUUGCAAUUGCUGUCUGAUGACACAGCCAUAGAAAGACCUUCGGCAAUGCAAGUGAUUCGUCAACAAGCUAAAGAAAGAGUUGCUCAGGCACAUGAGCGAAACGCUAAGACAUACAACUUACGCAGUCGUAAAGUUCAUUUGAAGAAAGGAGACAAGGUAUUUGCACGUAAUUUUUGCCAGAGCAAUGCACUUAAGAAAUUUAAUGCUAAGUUAGCCCCAGUUUUCAUUCCCGCAGAGGUCUCCGACAAAAUUAGUCCAGUUUAUUAUCGAUUAAGAAAUGAACAAGGCAAAAGUUUAGGCGUUUUCCACCUUAAAGAUAUACAAAUUUAAAACAUCUCAAGAUCAUUUUUUUUCAGUGUAUGUUUCGCUAAUAGGAUUACCUCAACAUAAACUGUGGUGUAGUGGCUGAUUUCCUACAAGGUUGAUUUUAUCCAAACUCUUAAUUAUUGUCAGACUGAGAGAUAAGAGCUACGUUGGUUUUGUGCUCUUAGGUGACCUUGACUUAAGCUCACUUGCUUGGCAGAUGGUCAUACGAUCAUACAGUUAUCUGAACGAAAGCUAGCGCGCUUAUCUUUUAAGCUAUGCUAAUAUGUAAUGCAUUGGCACUGUACAAAAAGUUAGAUUUUUGGCACUCUCCACUUAUAUUAAGUAGCAAAGGCCAGGCAUUGCUAAAGAGAAGUUUGAGCUAAGCGGACGUGCAUAUUUAAGUUUUGAGACAACAAUAAAUUAUUGUGAUUUACAUUACAUGUGCUUUUAUUCAAAUAGCACAAUACGCUAACAAAUUUACAAGAAUUGGGAUAAUAAAAAUCAGUGAAGUGUAUUUGCUGUCUGGCAAGGUAUGUUAUUACUGCUAAAUUGGUACCCUUACUAAAGUAAAGAUGUUUAUAGAAAUUGGUCUUGCCGGUAUUAUCCAAUAACCUCAAAUUGGUGAUAUUCUUGAACAAGUGGUAGAUACGGUUGGAGAGCACGACCACCUGAAAGCUAUAAUUGCUAAUUCCAAAACGUGGGAUA